GAGGUUCACAAGAGAUCAUCGUCCAAUCCUUUUCACAACGAGGAAAAACUUCCACCACGCCAACGUCAGGUUCCUUGGUAUCGCCGUCACAAAUUCCGCACUCUCGGCGCUGUGGCAGGCACUAUCGCUGUACUCGGCAUCACCCUCGGUGUAGGGCUUGAUGUCGGGUUGACCAAUUCCGCAAAGGCUCCAGAGUCGACCACCACCGAUACACCAAACAAACGCUCCGAUCCUCCUGUUGCGACUGCAUCUCAGGGAUCGGGAUGUCAUGCUGGGAGUCUGAGUCUGUUGGGUCUAAGUCUCGUGGCCAACACCACACCGCUUUGGCAACCUCUUCCUGGGACACCUUGGCAAAUUGUGCUCAACAGUCCCAUUGAUGCUACAAAAGCACUGUUGCCUGCUUUGUCUGUUUAUGACAUCGACAUGUACGGCAACACAGCUGCCACCAUCCAGCUAAUGCAUCUCCAAGGUAUCAAAGUCAUCUGCUAUUUUUCAGCUGGUAGCUGGGAGGUUUACCGACCUGAUGCUUGGAGAUUCCCUCUUCAGGAUAUUGGAAAUGAUCUCAGUGGUUGGCCUGGUGAAAAGUGGCUGAAUACCGAAAGUCAAACUGUGAGGAGUAUCAUGGCAGACAGGAUCAAAUUGGCAGCUGAGAAGGGAUGCGAUGCUGUUGAUCCGGAUAACAUGGAUGGGUUUGAAAUCAAUACCGGCUUUCCGCUGAGCGCUGGCACUGCUCUCAACUAUCUCUCUUUCCUCUCGUUGACAGCCGCAUCAUACAACAUGGCCAUCGGUCUCAAGAAUGCCGGUACAAUCGCCGCAAACGCUACCUGCAUGGGCCAGUGUGACAUUUAUCAAAACUUCAUCACGGCCGGCAAGCCGGUAUUCCAGAUUGAAUAUCCGCUCGGAGCUCCAGGUGCGGUGAGCAAGCAAGCGCUGGCUCAGAGCUGUAAGAUCAAGGGAAAUCUGGGAUACUCGGAAGUGAUCAAGGGUAAAGAUCUGGGUGGAUGGGUUGAGUAUUGCGAUGGGACUGUGUUCAAUACUCCAACUUUGUAUUGA